AUGGCAAACACAGAGAGGAAAUCAAAAAAACGUAACUUCACUCAAUGUGAAGUAGAAGUUAUCGUUGGCGAGGUGGAAAAGAGGAGAAAAAUGUUGUUUGGAGGGCACAGUGUGGGCAUUACUAAUGCCAAAAAGGCACUUGAGUGGCAAACGGUGGCAGACGCCGUAAAUGCUGUAGCCUCACAACCUCGGACCGUGGCCGAAAUAAAAAAGAAAUGGUCGGACAUCAAAGUCGAGGCAAAAAAACGUCUAGCGCUCCAUCGCCAGAGUGUGUCUGCCACGGGUGGGGGAAAGGGGACACCGGAGCUGACCCCUCUUGAUGAGAGACUGGCGGCAAUUAUUGGGGAAUCCCUAUUAAGUAAAGUGGUGACUGAGGCGGAGGGGGACACUGACGCGCCAGAUGCACCGGGUGACACAGUUGCUGGGUGUUCCAGCGGGGCCAGUGGUUACGAUGCUGCAGCUGAGCAGCCGUCUGGACCCAGCGUCUCCACAGCACGCGGCUCUCAACCCUCCAGCUGUGGACGUGUCCUCACCGAUGCAGUCCUUGAAAUGCAGAGGGAAGUCAUUAGUUCAAUCAGAGAGGUGGCCAAGGAGUUGGGCGAAAUCAAGACUGCCCUGACUGAAAUAAACUGCACGAUGAGGGAAUUCUUGAAUAAAUAAUAUUUUCCA